UUUAAAUAACCCUUCAACCUUAACUCUCCUCACUCACUGGACUUCUUCCUCUUCUCCAUCUCCAUAUCAGACCUCAAACUAAAUCAAACAGGGAAGAAGACAUGAAGAUCGAGCAGGAGGAGAAAGAAGAAGAAGAAAAUAUGGAAGAAGGAACUGAAGCUGAAGCAUGCGUUGGCUAUGUGGACUGGAAGGGCAAACCUGCCGUCAGAGGCAAACAUGGAGGCAUGCUCGCAGCCUCCUUUGUUCUUGCGGUGGAGAUAAUGGAGAACAUGGCGUAUCUGGCCAACGCCAGCAACUUGGUGACCUACUUGGCAGGGUUCAUGCACUUCUCGCUCUCUCGCUCGGCCACCACGGUGACCAACUUCAUGGCCACGGCCUUCCUCCUCGCCCUUCUCGGCGGCUUCUUAUCCGACGCCUUCUUCACCGCCUAUCAUAUCUACUUGAUAAGUGCUCUCCUCGAGUUCCUGGGGUUGGUCAUCCUCGCAGUGCAAGCCAAGACCGCCUCGCUCAAGCCGCCUCCCGGCGAGGAGGCCGCCGGCGGGAAGACCGCUAUUCUGUUCGCCGGGCUCUACCUCACUGCGCUCGGAGUAGGUGGCAUCAAGGGAUCCCUCGCGCCCCAUGGCGGCGAGCAGUUCGACGAGAGCACCGCCCGCGGGCACAAGGCCCGGUCCACCUUCUUCAACUACUUCAUCUUCUGCCUCGCCUCGGGCGGGCUCCUCGCCGUCACCUUCGUGGUGUGGGUGGAGGACAACAAGGGCUGGCAAUGGGGCUUCGGAAUCUCCACUAUCACCAUCCUCCUCUCCAUCCCCGUCUUCCUCGCCGGCUCUCCUCUUUACAGGAACAAGGUCCCCACCGGAAGUCCCGUCACCACCAUCGCCAAGGUGUUGCUCGCCGCCAUCUCGAGUAGGAGAGGUAACUUCCAGAGUGCGAGAAACGCCGUGGUCGACUUGGAACAGAGUUCUCCCGCGAAGGAGAGUAAAGAAAGCGAGGUGAGGGGGCCGGGGGAGGAGCUGAAGUGGCUCAACCGCGCGGCGGAGGGCAGGCCGCUCCACCGCGCCCUCUUGUGCGCCGCGCAUGAAGUCGAGGACGUCAAGGUCGUGCUGAAGCUCCUCCCCAUCUUUCUCUCCACCAUCAUGCUCAGCUGCUGCCUCGCGCAGCUCUCGACCUUCUCGGUGCAGCAGGCGGCGACGAUGGACACGCGGGUGGGCGGACUGAAGGUGCCGCCGGCGUCGCUGCCGGUCUUCCCUGUCAUCUUCAUCAUGGCCCUCGUGCCGCUGUACGACCACGCGAUCGUGCCCUUGGCGCGGCGCGCGACGGGGAGCGACACGGGGAUCACGCACCUGCAGCGCAUCGGGAUGGGGCUGGCGCUGUCAGUGGUGGCGAUGGCGGUGGCCGCGGCGGUGGAGAUGAAGCGGAAGCGGGUGGCGCUGCGGGUGGGGGAAGGGUUCAAGGGGCCGUUGCCGAUCGCCUUCUUCUGGGUGGCGUUCCAGUACCUGUUCCUGGGGUCGGCCGACCUGUUUACGCUGGCGGGAUUGCUGGAGUUCUUCUUCAGCGAGGCGCCGGCGAGGAUGCGGUCGCUGGCGACGUCUCUGUCGUGGGCGUCGCUGGCAAUGGGAUACUACCUGAGCUCGGCCCUGGUGUCGAUGGUAAACUGGGUGACGACGACGUCGUCAGGCGGCGGAGGGCGGAAGGGGUGGCUGUCGGGGGGAAGUCUGAACCGAUACCACCUCGAUCGCUUCUACUGGCUGAUGUGCGUGCUGAGCGCGUUGAACUUGGCCAACUUCGUCUUCUGGGCGACCCGGUAUCGCUACCGAUCCGGCCAGAAACAGUAGCCUUUCAUACUGUUUAUGGAUCUUCCUUUCCAAUGUCAACUUAUAUUUUGACUUUAGUAGUCAAAAGUCAAAAUAAAAUCAAAGCCGCGCUUAAAGUGUAUAAAG